UCAUGGGUUAUGCGGAAGAGCUGGACGCUCUGGAGAAAGAAUGAAUUCACUGGAAUCAGCCAAAGAAGACAAUAAGUACAGACAGCUUUGUCGUAAUUAUCCGAAGCGUGCGUAAGUGUGUGUGUGUGUGUGUGUGGCGUGUUGGGAGUGGCACACUGUUUGGGGAGGUAUGAUAAAGUAGAUCCUGCGGUGAGGACAGCAGAGAGUGGCAGUGCAGGGUUGAAUCUUUGUUCCUCCGCUCCUCCUGAUCCCUCAUGGCGUAUGCAGCAUACUGGAACAGCCUUAAAGGUGGAGCAGCUGCUUCCCAGUCUGAAGUCCAUCACGGUAGCAGGUUCGCAGCCUACGAUCCUCCUGCACGGUCCUGCUAUGGCAAGUCGCAGCCUAGCCAGGCCACACCCAAACCAGCAGCUCAGGUCUCCACCGUGAAGCCUGCACAGUACGAGAAGGCUUCAUCAGGAUCCACCAUGGCUACAAAGCCUGGGGUGGUUUCCACAGCGACAGGUGGAGCCACAGGAAGUAGCGUCAAAGCAGGAGGAAGUGCCUCAAUUGGGACCGCAGGAAAGGGGUCACCUAAAGCCAAAACAGAGACUAACACUACUCCGGCAGGCGCUACUGUUAUUGACAUGUCGUCCGCUGGGGCUGCUGUUGUUGACAUGACAUCAGCGGGGUCAAGAGGCGGUCCUAAAGAGAUGUCAAAGACUCCACCAACUGUCUCCCAAGGCAAGGCCACAGCUACAGUUCCUUCUGCUGCUGCCGGAGCGACCACACCUAAAGAGUCACCCAAAGGCCCAGCCAAGAGUGCUGCUGCCAUCCCAACACUCAAGGCUGAUGUGGCUAAAGUUGAUCCGGUUAAAACAUCAAAGUCAGCGGCAGCAGCCAAGGUGCAGGUGGAGGUUCCUCCCACGGCAGCCAAAGGAGCCAAAGAGGCACCUGCCGUGGAUCCGUUUGACGCCCUGGCCAGCAUACUGCCAUCAGCUGAUCCCGUCGCACCAGAGCCUGUUUACAAGGGGCCAGAGGUCAAAGAGCAUGACGUCAUCUCUAAGAAGGGUCAUAAGUGUGGAGAAAGAGACGACACGCUGCCUCCAGGCUACAGAUUUAAAGAUACGCCUGCUGUCCCUGCCGAUGUCAAACCCAAGGACGUCCCUAAACCACUGAGCACAGACGAGGCCCUGGAUUCUCUUUCAGCUGGUUUCAUGUCUUCUACCACUCCAGCUGCAGGCAUGCAGCCAGAGAAAAAGGGCCAUGUCGACGUCGUCAGUGCCUCAUCUGCCGGCCCCGCUAACUUCGCACCACCUCCUGUACAGAAAUCUCAAACCUCUGCCGCAGCUCCUCCUGCUGAUAAAAAAGCCAGGAUGGAGAAAGCUUUGGAUAAUGUCUCUCAGAAGGCUGGGGGCCCCUCAGCUCCUUCCAAGAGCACAAUGCCUCAGGACGCUCUCAGUGCUCUCGUCGACUCAUUGCCAGCAGACACACCAAAGGCCGAACCCCCCAAACUCAGACCUGAGGACAUGGUCUCGGAGGGUAAACACAAGAAGGAGAAGGGUGUUCUCGUAGGAGAGAGGGACGAUACAAUUCAUCCAAACUACAGGUUUGAUGAGGAGAAACUCAAAAAACUGCCUGCUCCCGGACCUGAGCCCAAAAUGGCCACUAGUGAGGCUCUGGACAUUUUGUCCGAAGGCUUCCUGGACCCCUCAGCGGCUCCUGUACAGAAAGCCCCUUCUGUUGCUGUGUGUCCUGCUCCUGCUGAUAAAAAAGCCAAGAUGGAGAAAGUCGGUGAUGACUUCUCUCUGGAGGCUGGACUCUCUGCUUCAACAGCCAAGAAAGUGGAAUCCUCUGCAGUCCCCCCUGUGGCUGUGUGUCCUGCUCCUGCUGAUCAAAAAGCCAAAGCAGGGAAAACUGCUGCCGGAAAGGACACCCCUGACAGCAAGCUCAAGACCGAUCUGGGAAACAUGCCUCUGGACGCUCUCAGUGCUCUCGGUGACUCGUUGCCAGCAGAUGCCCCGAGACCCAAACUCACCGAAGUCAAACCUAAGGACAUGGUCUUGGAGGGUAAACACAAGAAGGAGAAGGGUGUUCUUGUAGGAGAGAGGGACGAUACAAUUCAUCCAAACUACAGGUUCGAUGAGGAGAAACUCAAAAAACUGCCUGCUCCCGAACCUGAGCCCACCUUGGCCCCCGGCGAGGCUCUGGACUUUUUGUCUGGAGACUUGAUGACCUCCUCAGCAGCUCCCUCCGUCCAGGCUCCUGUUGUCACCCCCUCAGCUCCACCUGCACAGACCAAAGUACUCUCAGGCGAUUUUGUGGCUCCAACCAAAGCUUCAGGAGUUCAGGCCCCCGUCCCUCCUUCUACCAAGAAGAAGACACCAGAGGUAAAGCCACUGAAAACAGUUUGUCCCAGCUCAGUUGAUGUCGCCCCUGCAAAACCCAAGACUGGCGGCUCUAUGUCUCUGGACGCUCUCAGUGCUCUCGGUGACACGUUGGCAGCAGACACACCAAGACCUGAGCUCCCCAAAGUCAGACCUGAGGACAUGGUCUCGGAGGGCAAAUUCAAGGAGAAGAAGGGUGUUCUUGUAGGAGAGAGGGAGGACACACUUCCUCCAGAGUACAGGUUUGAUAAGGACAAACUCCAAAAGCUGCCUGCUCCCAAACCCGAGCCCACCAUUGGUACUGGAGACGCUCUGGACUUUUUGUCUGGAGACUUGAUGACCUCCUCGGCAGCUCCUGCUGUCCAGGCUCCCGUUGUCACCCCCUCGGCUCCUCCUGCACAGGCCUCUGAUGACUUCGCCCUGGAUGCUUUGGCAGGAGACUUUGUUUCCUCCGCUGCUGCUCCGACCGUUAAGUCUGGUUUUGCUCCCCCACAGACUGCCCGGCAGCUGUCAGGGGGAACAGACAGCGCCAUGGACGCUCUGUCAGACACCUUGAAGGACAUCACGCCCGCACCUCAGCCCGCCCCGGUCCCUAGUAAAGACAUCGUCAAGGAGAAAAAGAUUGUUGAAGAGAAGCUGAUAAAGAUGGGAGAGAGAGAUGACUCGCUGCCACCAGAGUUUCGACCCACAGAGGAGGAGCGUAAGAAAAUUGAAGAAGGAAAGAAAAAGGCAGCCGCAGCACCCAAGCAGAAGUCUAUGGAUGAUAAAACAGCCUUGGACCUGCUGGCCGGUGAUUUCGAGACUGCUCCAAAGCCCACUGCAGCUGCCGCAUCAUGUGCAGCCGCGACAAAGCUGGAACCUCCUGCGCUGGACUCAGAUCCCCUGAAGCCAAUGGCCGGUCCUGUCCUGGACAACCUGGCAAGCACGCUACUCCCUGAUGAGAUCAAAACGAAGACUGACAAACCAAAGGGCAAGAGCAAGUCAAAGUCCAGGUCUAAAAAACACCACGCAGAGGAGCCAUCUGCCACCGACCUGCUAGCAGGUCAGCUCAGCUCAGACGUCGUGCCAACAUCUACAAAGAAGGGAGGCAAGAGCUAGACCACUCGGUCGACGGUGUGAUUCGUCCUCCCGGCCACAGGGGCGCGUCAGUGAGGGAGCAGCUCUCUGGACGACGAUUCUAUUUUUCUAAAUUGUCAAGAAUGUAAAGUUUACUGGAUGAGAGAUGAACUUAAGACACACCCAUAUCACUUGCUCAACACACACACACAGACUGACACACACACACACACACACACACACACACACACACACACACAUACACACACACACACACACACACACGGAGCUCUGGGUGCGGCGCCUUUCUUGCUCGGUUUCACAUGUAUUUAAGGAUGAGAGGCUUUUGGUGUUGAAGAGUUUUUUGUUUUUUUUUUAAACCUGAUGGAGAAUGAGAAGGGGAAGUGUGCGGGGACAUUGAGGAAGUGAAGACAAGUGAAAAUGUUUAGUUUUUUUUUCUGGUUGGUGUGUUGAGCGUGCCGAGGGAAGGAAGGCGCGCACAUCUCAGCUGACGGUUUCGAUGGCUCCCACGCCGCUGAUGUCACGACUCACUGCUCCUGUGAGCUGUGACAUUGGUCAGCGCAGCGGUGACUGUCAGCUGGCCUGGGAGCAGUGAGGAGUGGGUGUAUAGUAUCGGGAUGUUUGUGCAAUCUUGAUGUACACAGAAAAAAAGCCAAGUUUUUUUUUUUUUUUUUUAAUCACAAUGUGGUCAGACGCCUUAAGGACACUAGUGUACAGCUUAGUUUGCUUGUAAUUUUGGACAACACAUAGUUUACAUGAUAUCUGGAGGAUUUUCCAGGAGGUGAUCUGCUUAAAUCCGUAUUCGAGAGCUUCUUGCAAAUGCCUUUGAUUUUCUGGAGAGAACUCCCUGUCAUGAGGAGGGUCUGUAUGUAUUUGGCUGUGUAGAGAAAAAAAAAAAAAAAUGCUGGCGUCCAAAAGUGCACUUAGUGAGCUACUGUAAAAAAAAAAAUAAAAUAAAAACAUAAAAAAGACUUUGCUCUGUAAGACAACACUGUGUAAUUUAGAAAGGGCUUUCAACUGUAAAGACAAAAACCUAUAUACUUCCCCAUACUUUUUUUUUCAUGUCAGAGGUUUUGUGUGGGUGUGCGUCAACAGAUAUGAGAGAAAUUUUUAGAUGUGGGAAUACUAAUUAAAUAAAAUAAACUAAAAACA